CAUCUUCCUACGCAUGCACGCAUUUGGUCGUCCGAAGUAGUGCACUUGAUGUGCAAUGUCAACUACGAAGCCCGUUCCAAGACCUCCAACUCGGCUAUAUAGGCCGGCAUUUCAGUUGAGAGGUGCAAAUUAAGCAGCUCCAUCGAUCUAUCCAACAGCAACAUGGGCUCUGAGAGAGAAGUUAGCGAGGAUCGAACUGGCAAGACUUGUGUUAAGAUGUUGCUGCUUCUCCUGCUGUGCAGCUACCAUUCUACUGCUGCUCGUGCAGGAGAUGCAGAUAGAAUCUACAAGGUUCCUGCCGCCGGCUCACAGAAGGCUGAAGCCGCCUGCGCCGACCCACAAGUGACUCCAUCGUCGUCCAGUGGAGCCACGCUGCAGUUAAGCCACCGGUAUGGCCCGUGCUCGCCGGCGCCAUCUACGGACGAGCCAACCAUGGCGGAGCUUCUCCAGCGUGACCAACUCCGAGCUGAAUACGUCCAACGCAAGUUCUACAGCGGCGACGACGCGCUGGAUCAAUCGAAGAUUACCGUGCCGACUAACCUGGGAACAGCCCUGGAGACGCUGCAGUACGUGAUCACCGUCGGCAUCGGCUCCCCGGCCGUGACCCAGAAAAUGAUUAUCGACACCGGUAGCGACGUGUCGUGGGUGCACUGCUCCAGCCCGAACGGCUCGGUCCUCUUCGACCCCGUCAAGUCCAGCACCUACUCUCCCUUCUCCUGCACCUCCACGCCGUGCACGCAGCUCGGCGAGGACGGCAAUGGCUGCUCCAGCUCGCAGUGCCAGUACAUGGUCACGUACGGCGACGGCUCCAACACCACCGGCACCUACGGUUCCGACACGCUGGCGCUGACCACUUCCGAAACCGUCGCCAACUUCAACUUUGGGUGCAGCCACAAAGAGGAGGGCUUCGACGACAAAACCGACGGUCUCAUGGGGCUGGGUGGCGACGCGGAGUCUCUGGUGUCGCAGACGGCCGCGACCUACGGCAAGGCCUUCUCGUACUGCCUCCCGCAGACCUCGCGCAACCCGGGGUUCCUCACGCUCGGUGCCCCCAACAGCACGUCGGGCUUCGCGACGACGCCCAUGUACAAGUUCGAGAACGUGUCCACUUACUACGGCAUUCUCCUCCAGGACAUCGCCGUCGGCGGGGACCCGCUCGGUAUAUCGCCCGCCGUCUUCUCCGCGGGGUCCGUGAUGGACUCGGGCACGAUCAUCACGCGGCUCCCAGCGAGGGCGUACUCGGCGCUCUCGUCGGCGUUCAGGGCGGGCAUGAGGGGAUACCCGAGGGCACCGACCGUCAGCCUCUUCGACACCUGCUUCGAUUUCACGGGGCUGGAUCUGGCCAAUGUCUCGGUACCCGCCGUCACUCUGGUGUUCGACGGCGGCGUGGAGGUCGACCUAGUCUACAACGGCAUCAUGGUAGCCAUCGGCGACGACACUAUGGUCACCGAAUGCCUCGCAUUCGCUGCCACUAGCAGCCUCAGCCUCAUUGGCAACGUGCAGCAGCGAACUUUUGAGGUGCUGCACGAUGUCGGCCAGGGCGUCUUCGGGUUUCGGUCGGACGCGUGCUGAUUUACUUGAAAUUAGGGCAAGGUGCAUCGCCCACUUGUUUGUGAAUUGUGGUUGCGACUUGCUAGGUAAGGCACACGAAGGACUCGUUUGGGUACAAAAUAAUUUGAUUAACCCUUUUGGAUUGACGGGAUAAACCAAUAUCCCUCCCAAUCCAAAUAAGUCGGUUGAAUUAGAGUAGGUGCAUCCAAACGAGCUCUAAAGUGGGCCAAUGUUGUCAACUACUACUAUACUACGUUUUGGGUUGUUUUGUGACAGCAACAUGAUGUUAUGUGCUGUUGGUCAGCUGUUUUAAACUUGUACUCCCUCCGUCCUAGAAUAACUAUCUCAACUUUUUCUAGGCA